AUGCCCGUCGUCCGCGGCGUCGAGCUCGCGCCCUCCUACAUCGCGCACUCGGUCUUCCGCGUCGUGCAGAUGGCCCUCGCGCUGACCGUCUGCGGCCUGUACGGCGUGGACCUGAACCGCGCGCGGCAGGCUGGGAAGUACAGUGAUGGGAAAUGGGUCUAUGCCGAAGUCACCGGGGCCCUCGCCGCCGCCACGGCCGUCGCCUACCUGAUCCCUCUGGCGUCGCGGGUGCCCUUCGCCUUCGUCUGGGACAGCGUGCUCUUCGUGCUGUGGAUCGCGCUGUUCGGCCUCUUUGGCAAGAUGUACCUCGACGAGGACCCGGAAGGGAACGCCGACCUGCGGCGCAUGAAGCAUGCCGUGUGGGUGGAUCUGGUGAAUGCGCUGCUGUGGCUGCUGAGUGCCGUUGGUAUGGCGGUGUUCUGGUGGACGGCGCGGAGUGUUGUUGAGUUGGGGCCGCGGACGAGGUGGACUGGGAGGGCGAAGGCUUAG